GCCCUUCAGCGCCCCUCCCCGCCGCUUUUCCCCUCGCCCAGCCACUUCCUCUCGCCCACCCCGGGCUUGCGCGUCCGCCCACUCCUCCGCCCCUCCUGCCUUUCCACCUCCAGGGACAGCCCGCCCGCAGCUGCUUGAGGGCGUACUCAGACCAGCACCAUCUUACAUGUAUCUGACCGCAUUUACAGUCGGUCCUGCAUGCAUCUGGUCGCACUUCCGUCCAGAAACAAGUAAAAACGUGCCAGUAGGGGGAAGAGGAGCAGAGAAGGGGGAGAGGAGAAGGAGAGGGAGAGGAGGAGGAGGAGAAGGAGAAGGAGAGGAGGAGGAGGAGGAGGAGGAGGAGGAGGAGGAGGAGGAGGAAGAGGAGAAGGACAAGGAGGAGAGGAGGAGGAGAGUAGGAGGAGGAAGAGGAGGAGAAGGACGACGAGGAGGAAGAGGAGGAGAAGAGGGCGAUAGGGAGGGGAUGGACUUCCACCGGGGCAUCAGGACGGUCAGCAUUAUUUCCUCAGCGGUGGCUGCGGCAGUGCUUCUGGGAACAGACUAUGGUGAAGGCAAAAACGUUUUCUCUGAUGCGAAGGAUGCGGCUUUGUCUGUGGUGGAUUACAUGCUUUUUCGUGCUAGCGACAAAGACAUAGAGGAAGCGAAGAGAAGGUAUGCAGAAGCCAGUUCAUAUCAGAAGGCCUUAGAGCCGCAAAGGCGUCUGGGUGAAGAUUCUAGACAGCUGGAUCGAACAGUAAGUGGGAGCCAUCAGUGAUGAAGCCGAUCAGGGAAGCGAGCGUUACGACGUUGGACGCGUCAAUGGAGUUGAACUGUGGAUGCUUCUGGGACUUAGAAUGUUAGGCUUGUGGUUCUAGCUAUACAAGGGAUGAUACCUCUGGGAAGUGUGUCGUACCCGGCAUCAUCGACGACAUGUGAUACUAUGUAGGUUUGGGGACAGGCAGGGGUUAUAGGGGUAGAAACGAAGGUUUGACAUGCCGGGACUUAGCAUGGUACCAUGUAGCAGGAACUUAAAGCACAAGUACAUGGGCACCGGGGUCGCGGGCCCGACACCUCAAAUUCUGGAGGCGCAAAACGAAAACAAGACCGCCGACUCGAAUUUAUCAACGGCGGGCCCAGCGUCUGACGUUUCGGCCUCCUUUUCUUGUGGCGACAAGUUUCGGACUGCAAGGCUGGGGCAGUGUACUUGUGGUUUAAAGCACCAGUACAUGGGCACCUGGGCCGCGGGCCCGCGUGAAAUGAAAACGCUACCGCCAACUCGAAUUUAUCAACGGUGGGCCCAGUGUUCAACGUUUUGGCCUCGUUUUAUUGUGGCGACAAGUUUCGGACUGCAAAGCUGGGGUCAUGUACUUUGUGGUGUAAAGCACCAGUACACGGGCACCUGGGCCGGGGGCCUGACACCCCAUAUUCUGGAGGCGCCAAAUGAAAACGCGACCGCCGAUCGAAUUUAUCAACAGCGGGCCCAGCGUUUGGCAUUUUGGCCUCGUUUUCUUGUGGCAACAAGUUUCGGACUGCAAGGCUGGGGGCCGCCGUGUACUUGUGGUUUAUCAUACUGCUGCAACUUCGCAUGCAGCUGGGACUGGGCAUGUGCAUUAAAGUUAAAAGUGUAUAAAAGCUGAAGAGGCGGUCCCCCUGUGUCCCCUCACUGCAAUCCCUACACCUUCAGGAUAAUCUUCUUUGUGACAUUGUACACAUUGUACCAUAAUAAUGGGACGCUGGACCCGGUUUCCAGCCAGCACGUGCAGCUCCCCAGCAAUAGAUGGAGCCCUCAACGCAGGGGACCACAUGUCAUCUCCUUCCUUAACUGAAACACCCCUGCCUCGAAGUCCUCAAAACAAAAAGAAGACCAAGAA